AUGAGCACCGAAGAACACAGCACCGGCGGCAUAUGGACCGCAUGGGCUUUUGGAGUGAUUAUAGGCGCGUGCGCACAUUCGCUCUUCAAGAAAUGGCGCGCCUCGUGGCGCUCUGCAAAGCAGCAACAACAAUAUUACCAUGACUCUUGUGAUCUUGAUCUCGAAGCUGUGAAAAUGAACCGUGGGUGUGGGUUUGAUGCUGCUCGCUCUGGAAAAAGUAGCAAUAGUUUCAGCGCCGAGAUGGAAGAUGCUGCUUCUGCUAUUGCUACUGCUACUACUCCCAUGAAGAGAAAGAUUCCGUUGGCAAAUUCGAAAACAUAUUAUUCCCAGACCUGUGAGGACUCGGGCUAG